UUGACACAUCAAUUUAUAUAGACGUGUUUGUUCCUCCUCAAAAUGUAUAUAAACCUGCCGAAUAGCGAAUGAGGACAGUCACAGUGUGCCUUAGGAACAGGAAACAAAAUGAAAUUCAUCAUAGUUCUAGCGACAGUUUUGGCGGCGGCGGUCGCCAUUCCCGCUGACACGUACAACCCCAAGUACGACAAUUUCAACGCAGUCGAACUAUCCGAGAAUACUCGCCUGUUGAAAUCCUACGGCAAAUGCUUCCUCGGCGAAGGCCCGUGUACCGCUGAAGGAGCUGACUUCAAAAAAAUAAUACCCGAGGCGCUCAAAACGAAGUGCGGGAAAUGCACGCCUAAGCAGAAGGAACUGGUACGCAUAGUCAUCCAGGCGUUCCAGACCAAGCUGCCAGACGUCUGGAAGCAGCUCAUGGAGAGGGAGGACCCCAAGGGGGAGUACACCCAGUCUUUCAACGACUUCCUCAGCGGCAAAGUAUACAUCUUCAAGAUGAAGUUCACUUUCACUCUGGCCCUAGUCCUCCUAGCUGCGGAGGUAUAUUCCUAUGAAACUCAGGCGGAUAACAUCGAUCUUGACGCGAUUAUGGCGAACGACGAUCACUCCAGGGCCCUCCUGCAUUGCAUCAUAGAGAAAACCACCUGCAUGGAGAUCACUAAACAUGAAAUUGACAUAAUUCAAGACGCCAUCACUUCAGAAUGUGUCCGCUGCAAGAGCCACCAAAAGGCCAGGCUGCAUCAGUUUCUCACGGGCGUGAAAGACAGGUUCCCAGAAGAUUACAAAAUUCUUAGACAGAAAUAUGACCCAGAGAACAAACACAUGGACCGCUUCGAAAAAGUUCUGCGCGAAUAUGUACAGAAGAAUAAGAAUUGAAAUUGCUAUAGGUUA